GGGGGUACCCGCCGGUACCAUCCAGAACAACCUCGGCCCUGCCCGGGCGCUCACCAGUCGCACCCUGUCCCUCAGAGCGUUGUCCGAACGCUCCCUAGGCUCAGACUGUUCAGGACACUCCGUAUUCAGGCACUUGAGUGCUGUGGUUUCUGCUCUUCUGCUCAUUCCUCUCCUUUAUUCCUGAAGCGCUCACAGCAUAACAGAAACUCACAGUUUAUGUCCUGAAGUUUCCUUUGUAAACUCUUUCCUCUAUGACCUUUAAGAAACCUGCAAAUUGAUAAAUAUAUGAAUAUAUAUGCACAAAUUUGUAGAUUUAUUAAUAUAUAAAAAUUAUAUAGAUUCACAAAUAUACAGAUGUAUACUUAUAAAUUUUUAAAAAUUAUAAAUCUUUUAUUUGUAAGUUCUCUUUAUAAACUGUUGGCUGAGAACCGUCCCCCCCGGUCUAGGGACACAGAUGAACAGAGAACACCAGCAGAUCAGUGCCUGUGUUUGUAUGGUGUAACAGUUUCAGAAUUAAACUUGUAUUAUGGUGGAGGAUUCAUUGAUAAUUUGUUAUUGCCAGGGGAAUGUUGCUGAAAUAUGGAAAAACACUAAACCUAAACACUAAAGCUUUUCUUUCACUUUUUAGGAGGAAAUAUUAACAUCAGGAAAUGGCAGAAGCAGUUUUUCACCCCCCAAGAAGGAAAAGAAGAGUUUUUGAGUCCUACGAGGGUCCCUUCCCUGUGGAUGUGGGUGGGAAGGAUUUCAGAAUGUGCCAGGCUGAAAUCAUCAACAACAACGUGAUUGUGAAGAACCCAGAGGAUAUUGAACAGCUCUAUAACAAGGGCUAUUUUGGAAAAGGAAUCCUUUCAAGAAGUCGGCCGGUGUUCAGCAUUUCAGACCCUCUGCUGGUUGCUAAGUGGCAAGGUGUUAACACAAACAUGCCUAUAAUUACAUCUCAAAAGUACCAGCGACGUGUUCAGUGGGCCAGGAGUGUUUUGCAAGAGCAAGGCCUUGAUGACUGCUCAGUUACUCAAAUCCUUGAAAAUUACACCAAACCUCUGGAGCUGACGGAGGGUGGAGCUGAACAAACCGUUAAUAACAGAAUGGGCCCACAUAGAGAAAAUGCUGAACUUUCCAGGCAACCUUCUGCAGAUGCUGGCAGUGCAGGAGCCCUGAGUGCUGAGGAUCAGAAUGGGGGCUCCAGGAAAGCCUGUCUGGAAGGAGAUGCAGGGAUGGGCCCUGUGUGUGGCUCUAAGGAACAGGAACAAGGUGACUCCAGAGGGCUGGAGGAAGGGUCCUGCCAGAAGGGUGGUGCUCCUGUGCUCUGUGGCUGUGAGGGGAAGCAGAGCCCUGAGCAAAGGGCUGGGCAGGGGGGCGAGGCAAAGGAAAAUGCUCCAGAAUAUGUGUUGGUGCAAGAGGAAGAAGAAGAAGAGAGCUUAUGUCCGGAAGAUGACACUGCUUGUUUACAAGGAAAUCUUGUCAAGAAGGAGAAACUGGUAUGUAGGAAAAAUCCAUUUAGGAUUUUUGAAUAUUUACAGCUCAGCUUGGAAGAGGCUUUUUUCUUGGUGUAUGCUCUGGGAUGUUUAAGUAUUUAUUAUGGUGAGGAGCCCCUGACCAUCGUGCAGCUGUGGGAGGUGUUCAGCGAGGUGAAGCCUGAUUUCAAGACCACCUACAUGGCCUAUCACUAUUUCCGCAGCAGGGGCUGGGUGCCCAAGGUGGGGCUCAAGUACGGCACCGACCUCUUGCUGUAUCGAAAAGGCCCCCCCUUCUAUCAUGCCAGUUACUCUGUCCUUGCUGAAUUGGUGGAUGAUGAUUUCCAAGGAUCUCUCCGCAGACCUCUCAGCUGGAUGUCCCUGUCUGGGCUCAACAGAACAACUGCUAAUGCUUCCAAGGAGCUGAUGCUCUGCUAUUUGAUUAAACCCUCUGACAUGACUGCAGAGGAGAUGUCAAGCCCAGAGUGUAUGAAGAGGAUCAAGGUCCAGGAACUGAUUGUCAGUCGUUGGGUUUCUUCCCGCGAGCGCAGUGAGCAAGAUGAAGCUUAACUGACUGCAUAGGAAAAAGUCACUUUUUUAAAACCGCUUAUUGUUGGUUUUUACCUGAUCUCAUGAUGACCCAUUGCCUCAGAACAGCUCCUGUCUACACAUACAGUUGGUUUGUGUAAAUGCUAUUUAAAGUGAGGUGUAUUGUGUUUACUGGGGACAGUGCUGUAUUGGAAAACAUAACUGAGCUAUAGUGGUGCAUAUGAAGGGGAGGAAAAAUUAAAGCUGUGUUCCAGUUCAAAACAGAAAAUAAAAAUAAAAUAUGAAAGUAUAAAA